GUGUUUGACUUAUAUGAAGUACAUUUCAGCAUUUCAGGAGCUGAUGAAAAAGAAAGAGUGAUAAUAAAGUGAAAGAGUUUUGCCAUUAAUUGUGCAUUGUUAAAGUGAAGUAUUUAUGUACAGAAUGUGAAAAAUGGAUGUACUGCAAGACAAAAAAAAACGAAAAUAUGUAUACUUAUUGAAAUAUUAUACCUAACAAAAUAUAGUCUCUUUUGAUACUUAUUUAUUAAAUAAUCCUAAUUUAUUAAAUGGCUAAUAAAGAAAAUUCACUAAAUCAAAUAUUGUAACACGAUAAUCAUACAGAUCACCCCCUAACGUUUGUUGCUAAAUGAAAUUAUGCACAUUGAAUGAUGAAUUGAACAGUAAUACUUGCAAUAUUGUGCUCUUCAAAAAAUUAAUUUUACAGAAGGCUUUGUCUGCCAUUUAAAUUAAAACAGAUCAUACGUAUAUCGUCUGAAAAAUAAACAAAUUCUUGAGCUAUGGAAAUUAAAAAUAUAUAUGGAUUAAUUUGCGUGUUAAUUGCAAUGUUAAACAAGAGUUCUUCCACAAUAUUGAAACGUCCAAAAGCUGGAGACCCAUUCGAUUCGUUCCCAAAAAAUUUUUGGGAGGACUUCUCCUCACCUUUCACAGAGAUACCGGAAAACGAAGAUGGCUUGCUGACGGAAAGCACAACUGUGCAUGAACCGUUUCCUUUUUUUGCCGACUUUUAUACGAACAUGAAUGUCAGCGCGCAAAUUGGGACACAUGUGGAUUUGCAUUGCAGAGUCAACGACUUGCAAGGGAAAACAGUCUCUUGGAUGAGAAGAAAAGGAGAUGAUUUAGCACUUUUAACUAUCGGAAAGCACGUCUACAGUAGCGAUACAAAAUAUUCUAUUGAAUUUUUGGAUCCGAAUGACUGGAAAUUAAAUAUAAAAUAUAUAAGUAGAGAGGAUGAAGGAGAAUAUGAAUGCCAAGUUUCGUCUCACCCUCCUCUUAUUUUAUUAAUUAAUCUACAUAUAAUUGCCACAAAAAUAGAAGUGCUUGGAGAAACUGGAUCGCUAUAUUCUGAUAAGUACUACAAAACAGGUAGCACAAUUGAGUUAAGCUGUAUAAUUUCGAAAACAAAUGAUCUCAAUUCUAUAAUCACAUGGAAACAUGAUUUGAAGUUCAUAAAUUUUGAAUCUUUAAGAGGAGGUAUAAGUGUUAAAAGUGAAUCAUUUUCCGAUCAUGCUGUCAGUAGACUUUAUAUUGCCAACGCAAAAAAACAAGACUCUGGAAAUUAUACCUGUAUGUUAAACAACGAAAGCAAAGCGACAGUCACAGUUCACGUUCUUUCUGGUGAAUAUCCGGCGGCAAUGCAACAUUCUGGAACUAUAAAAUACGGCAUGAUUACAGUAACUUUGCUUUUAAGUUUCAUUUUAUUUCUAGCUCGAUGACAACGAGUUUUAUGGAAUUGAUUGUAACUAUUAUUGAAAAAAGCAGAAUCGAACAGAAAUUAUAUAAAGCACUGAGUACGUUCCUUUUUCGAAACCUUAUUUUAUUUAUUUAGUUGUGUAUUACUGAAAAUUAUCAUAUUAAUAUAUUUAAUUUAAUUAUUUUUCCACAUGAAAUCGAGACAGUAAAUAAUAAAAUAAUAUGUGAGGAUUGGUUUAAACUUUUUA